AUGGAGGAAAGAGAUCACAUCGCGGCCCCUCACAUGUGGGUGCCUCAGAGCUCGACGGUCUCCCCUCUCUUGUUCAAUAUCUACGUAUCUACUGUAUAUGAGCUGCAUUGGCUGCCAAUUGGCUUCCGGGGGCAGUUCAAGGUGCUGGUUGUCACCUAUCAAGCCCUGUGUGGCAGAGGGCCUGGAUACCUGAGAGACCGCUUGUCUGUUUCUGCCCACCCAUGGAAUGCCAGGAUAGUGAAUCAUGGCAAAUGCAGUGCCUGCAAGGAGUGUGGUCCUGGAUUUGAACUUUCCAAGGAGUGUGGUUAUGGGGAAGGGAGAAAUGUUCAGUGCGCUCCAUGCCCACCCAGGAGGUUUAAGGACAGCUGGGGACAUCAUGGCUGUAGAUCCUGUCUCUCUUGCACACUUAACCGGUCCCAGAAAUCCAACUGCAGUGCAACCUCUGAUGCCACCUGUGGAGAGUGCUUCCCUGGGUAAGGCUGGUACAGAAUUAUUUAUCUAAGUGGAUUCCAGGACCUUGAAUGUGUGCCCUGCACAAAGCAGACCCCAUCCUCUGAACAACAGUGCCUUUCUAGAAUUCACUUAGAAGGUUCCACUGAUUCUGCACAAGAUCUGGCUCUGGUGGUGCUAACAAGCAGUGCCCUGGUGCUCCUGGUAUUGGUCCUCCUGACUGUCUCCAUUCUUCACUGCCAACAGUUCUGGAAGAGCCAGUGCCAGCAUGUGUUCUUGAGAAGUCACAAUGUCUCUGGUCAGAGAUCAACAUUUCAGACAUCUGCUGUGCCAAGGUUCCUUUGCCGUGAAUUGCUGUCAGAUCCUUGCUCCUUAGACUUCAAGAACUUUAGCUCUUCCGACAGACCAAUAGAAGGCCCUGUCAAUGCUGUUCAGUUUAUCGCAGGAGUAGAUGUUUCUGGAUUUCACCUCCCCCAUCCACAGCCUGAUAUGGAUUUGUCCAAGCUGAUGAUAGUCACUUCCAAGACCCCACCAGCCAGGAGCCUCUUGGAGACUCAGACUCUGAUUUGGAAUUCUGGCUUCAGCAACUGCUCCACUGGGGGCUCUUCUGUUACUGAGUUCAGACAGGACUGCUGCAGAGAUACUGAUGGCCCAGCCCAGUUCUCUUCCUGUGCUAGGGAGCUGCAGCAUUACUGGCCUCAUACCCCAGUGGAAUGCACUGAACUGGAUCUGCAGACAUUUUCUACCUAG